AUGCUUCCCCUCACUAUCGCGGCUGCGGCCGUGGGCUUGCUGAUGGCGCCGGUCAUGGCCUCGCCCAUCGAGACUGGCGAUGUUCUCGCCGAACUCCAGGUCAAGGCUAUGAGUGCUCUGACCGCAUCGAGCGCGGGCAACAAGCGCAGUAGCUGCAACAUUUUCAAUGCUCGUUACCGUCGGGACUGGGAGGCGUUUUCUUCCCAAGAGAGGAAAGACUACAUCAGUGCCGUCCAGUGCCUAUUAACAUCCCCUUCCAAGUCGGACCCCGAAUUCGCUCCCGGUGCUCGCAACCGUUACGAUGACUUCGUUGCCGUGCACAUCAACCAGACAACCAAGAUCCACGGAACUGGCAACUUCUUGACAUGGCACCGCUACUUUGUCUGGGCAUACGAAGAGGCUCUGCGGAACGAAUGCGGCUACAAGGGCUCCCAGCCAUACUGGAACUGGUUGAAGUACCAGGACGAUCUCCGGAAAUCCCCUGUCUUUGAUGGCAGCGAUACCAGCUUGAGCGGCGACGGCGCCUUUCUCCAGCACAACGGCAGCGUCAGCGGUGCAGGUGCCAUUGUCCUGCCUUCUGGCGAUGGGGGUGGCUGCGUCACGAGCGGUCCUUUUAAGAACAUGACCGUCAACCUUGGGCCGGUUAACCCCGGCAUGGACGGCCUCGAGGCCAGCCCGACCGGCAAGCUUGGCUACAACCCUCGCUGCCUUAGUCGCGAUCUGAGCAACUACACGGCCUCAACCUGGUUCACGAACGAGAACGUGCUCAACAUCACGGUAGGCGCGGCCUCCAAGAGCAUAGAGCUUUUCCAGAACGAGCUUCAGGGCCGUUUCUCUGACGGCUUCCUCGGCAUGCACGCGUCCGGCCACUUCUCCGUCAACGGCGAAGCUAGCGAUCUGUACUCCUCACCCGUCGACCCCAGCUUUUUUCUGCACCAUGCCAUGGUUGACCGCGUAUAUUGGCUGUGGCAGGCCCUCCACCUGUGGGAUGCUUUCAACAUUGCUGGUACAAUUACCAUCAACAACAGGCCGGCUAGCAGGGACGCACUGAAGACUGAUAUCCUUGACCUUGGCGUCAAUGCUGAGAACCGCACUAUCGACGAGGUCUUGAACACUAUCGGCGGUUCUCCUCUUUGCUACGUCUACGUAUGA